AUGAAGGGAGACCUGAAGGGAGACCUGAAGGGAGACCUGAAGGGAGGCAUGAAGGGAGGCAUGAAGAAAGGCCUGAAGAGAGGCAUGAAGAAAGGCAUGAAGAAAGGCAUGAAGGGAGGCAUGAAGAAAGGCCUGAAGAGAGGCAUGAAGAAAGGCAUGAAGAAAGGCAUGAAGAGACGCAUGAAGGGAGGCAUGAAGAAAGGCAUGAAGAGAGGCAUGAAGAAAGGCAUGAAGAGAGGCAUGAAGAGACGCAUGAAGGGAGGCAUGAAGAAAGGCAUGAAGAGAGGCAUGAAGAAAGGCAUGAAGAGAGGCAUGAAGAAAGGCAUGAAGAAAGGCCUGAAGAGAGGCAUGAAGAAAGGCAUGAAGAGACGCAUGAAGGGAGGCAUGAAGAAAGGCCUGAAGAGAGGCAUGAAGAAAGGCAUGAAGAGAGGCAUGAAGAAAGGCAUGAAGAAAGGCCUGAAGAGAGGUCAAGGCCUGAAGAGAGGCAUGAAGAGAGGCAUGAAGAAAGGCCUGAAGAGAGGCAUGAAGGGAGGCAUGAAGGGAGGCCUGAAGGGAGGCCUGAAGGGAGGUCUGAAGAGAGGCCUGAAGGGAGGCCUGAAGGGAGGCCUGAAGAGAGGCAUGAAGAGAGGCCUGAAGAGAGGCGUGAAGGGAGGCAUGAAAAGAGGCAUGAAGAAAGGCAUGAAGAGAGGCCUGAAGGGAGGCCUGAAGGGAGGCGUGAAGGGAGGCCUGAAGGGAGGCAUGAAAAGAGGCAUGAAGGGAGGCCUGAAGGGAGGCCUGAAGGGAGGCGUGAAGGGAGGCGUGAAGGGAGGCCUGAAGAGAGGCAUGAAGAGAGGCAUGAAGAGAGGCCUGAAGGGAGGCAUGAAGCGAGGCAUGAAGAGAGGCCUGAAGGGAGGCAUGAAGGGAGGCCUGAAGGGAGGCCUGAAGGGAGGCCUGAAGAGAGGCAUGAAGAGAGGCCUGAAGGGAGGCCUGAAGCGAGGCAUGAAAAGAGGCAUGAUGGGAGGUCUGAAGGGAGGCAUGAAGGGAGGCCUGAAGAGAGGGGUGAAGAGAGGCAUGAAGGGAGGCCUGAAGAGAGGCGUGAAGGGAGGCAUGAAGGGAGGCAUGAAGAGAGGCAUGAAGAGAGGCCUGAAGGGAGGCCUGAAGGGAGGCCUGAAGCGAGGCAUGAAAAGAGGCAUGAUGGGAGGUCUGAAGGGAGGCAUGAAGGGAGGCCUGAAGAGAGGGGUGAAGAGAGGCAUGAAGGGAGGCAUGAAGGGAGGCCUACAGGGAGGCAUGAAGGGAGGCCUACAGGGAGGCAUGAAGGGAGGCCUGAAGAGAGGGGUGAAGAGAGGCCUGAAGGGAGGGGUGAAGAGAGGCGUGAAGGGAGGCGUGAAGGGAGGCAUGAAGGGAGGCCUGAAGGGAGGCCUGAAGAGAGGUAUGAAGAAAGGCCUGAAGAGAGGCAUGAAGAAAGGCAUGAAGAGAGGCAUGAAGGGAGGCGUGAAGGGAGGCGUGAAAAGAGGCGUGAAGAGAGGCGUGAAGGGAGGCAUGAAGGGAGGCAUGAAGGGAGGCAUGAAGAGAGGCAUGAAGGGAGGCAUGAAGGGAGGCCUACAGGGAGGCCUGAAGGGAGGCAUGAAGGGAGGCAUGCAGAGAGACCUGAAGGGAGGCCUGCAGGGAGGCAGCCUGCCUUUCAUGAAUUGCAUUUUUCCUCAAAAUUCAGACCAAGGCAACAGCACAAGAAUAGGAGGCCUGUCUCCAGAGCUGUCAUCGCUCUCCUCCCAAUGA